AGUAGCUCCUAUGUUAGUAUAUACGGAGUACUCCAUUGGAGAGAGAGAGAGGGAGAGAGAGAGAGAGAGGUUGCGAAAAUGAGUGGUGCGGGGAAGACCGUGUGCGUGACGGGAGCGUCUGGGUACAUAGCUUCAUGGCUCGUCAAGCUCUUACUCCAACGUGGUUACACUGUCAAAGCCUCUGUUCGCGAUCCGAACGAUCCAAAGAAGACAGACCAUUUACGUGCACUCGAUGGAGCUAAGGAGAGGCUUCAAAUGUUCAAAGCAAACCUUCUGGAAGAAGGUUCCUUUGAUGCUAUGGUUGAUGGGUGUCAAGGGGUUUUCCAUACAGCAUCUCCUUUUUACCAUGCAGUCACAGAUCCGCAGGCAGAACUAAUUGAACCUGCAGUAAAGGGAACACUUAAUGUCCUCGGGUCAUGUGCAAGAUCUCCAUCUGUUAAAAGAGUGGUUGUGACGUCUUCUAUUGCUGCAGUUGCAUACAGUGGGAAGCCUCGGACUCCUGAUGUGGUGGUUGAUGAGACUUGGUUUUCUGAUCCUGAGGUUUGUAAGGCAUCAAAGCUUUGGUAUGUGGUUUCAAAGACUUUAGCUGAAGAUGCUGCCUGGAAAUUUGUGAAAGAGAGGGGUAUUGACAUGGUUACAAUAAAUCCGGCGAUGGUUAUUGGUCCUCUGUUACAGCCUACAUUGAAUACAAGUGCAGCUGCUAUUUUAAGCAUAAUAAAUGGAUCACCAACUUAUCCAAAUACUACUUUUGGAUGGGUUAAUGUUAAGGAUGUUGCCAAUGCACAUAUUCAAGCAUUUGAGGUUCCUUCUGCCAGUGGAAGGUAUUGUUUGGUUGAGAGAGUUGUACACUAUUCAGAAAUUGUGAAGAUACUACGUGGGCUUUUUCCUGCUCUUCAACUUCCAGAAAAGUGUGAGGAUGACAAGCCCUUUGUGCCAACGUACCAGGUGUCCAAGGAGAAAGCAAAAACGAGCUUGGGCAUUGACUUCAUCCCUCUAGAGGAGAGCGUCAAGGAGACUGUUGAAAGCUUGAAGGAGAAGAACUUUUUCAAAGCUUGAAGGAGAACUUUUUCGGUUCCUCAGCUAUUUGAAGGUCUUUCCGGGAUAAAUAAUGAUGGAGAUCCAUAUUUUGCUCAGCUUAGUCUCAGUUAAUGUUUAGCAGCUUUCAGGUGUCUCCACUUAAAUCUUAAGACUCUUAAAACCUGUUAAAGAACAUGCUUUACAUAUUAAGAAUGAAACUGACUAUCAGGAUCAUGGUGUUGCUUUCUGAAAUAAGCAGGUCUAUUUGCAUACAUUUGAAAUAAUUCACGAAAUUGCGUUUGCAUUUUAUGUUGCUUUAUACAAUUUCACAAGAAAUGCUAUUCUUGAAUAACAACCUUUUUCGUACUUGAAA